AUGGGAGAGCCUGCCGCUGCCUCUGCAGACAGCGAGGGCUCUGACAGCACAACGGCGGAUGGACGCAGGGUCGUGAAUGUGGCCGUCGACGGCGACAUUGUGCUCGACGUGACCUUUGAGACGUCGCUGGAGACUCUCAAAAAGCAUCGCAAAGCAGAAGCCGCGGCGCUGCGCAAAACCCGGACGCCGAACCAGCCUGCCCCUGCCAGCGGCAGCACGCGUGUGCGGGUUGCGUACCGGCUGAGUCUCGAGGUGCUGAAACGCAACUCAAAGUACUUUGCCAAUCUGCUUUCCAACCCGCAGUUUCGUGAGGCAGAUACCAUUGCCAGUGCCCAUGUGAAGCUCCGCUCGAUGAGAAUCCAGCCCAAAGAGGCGAGCGUGCAAGACCUUCCGUGGGUGGCUGUCGCCGACGAUGACGAUGCUACCAAGGCUGCGGGCCGCGAGGCCGCAUUUGAGGAUAUGAUGCGUAUACUUCACAGGAAGCCGGCCAAGGCAAGCCGAGCAACCAUGGCGUAUGCCACCACCAUUGCCAUCAUCGCAGACCGCUUUGACUGCGUCGCGGUUGUUGCGCGGGCCCUCAAUACAGAUCUCAAGUUCAAAUGGCCGUUGACAAGUACAAAGCCGCUGGUGGAUGACGCAGGCCGACCAACUGAGGUCGAGCAAGUCUUGCGACAGAAGAUCUUGGUCUCGUGGCUGCUGGGACAGCCGAUGAGGCUGCAACAGUCGUCGCGCGAAAUCAUCAUGCGCGGGUCCAGUCUUUGGAGCGUGUAUCACGAGCCAGACAACGCAUCAACAGCUGCGUGGUGGAAUCUCCCGGAUGGUAUAGAAGAUGAACUCCAACACCGUCGAGAGUGCAUACUCAACACUCUUGCCUCUAUCCAGAAGCAUUUUCUCGAUCUAUACUCGUCUCGGGAACGACAGUGCAAGCUAGGCUAUGAUUCCAGCGCAGCCUGUGACUCGUUUCAGCUGGGGCAAAUGAUCAAGUUUCUCGUCUCGAAGAAUUUGUUAUACCUGGUAGACUACAGCGCAUCAUCCAUCAAUGCAGUGCCAGAUGCCUCAUCUGUCAACAUUGACGAGCUUCUGGGCACACUGAGGCAGUGUCCCAACUACCAAAUUGACAAGAAUCACACAAACUGCGGCCCACGAGUGCGUAUAGGACCAAUUCUGGACUAUAUUCAGUCGAUGCUCUCCGCAAGUGUCGUGUCAUUGUCGCAUGCCGACUGGAAGAAUCGACGCGAGACGGCAUCCUGGGUGCCAGACCAGGGCUCAGACACGGCCAACGGCGACGAAGAGAAGAACGCAUUCUUAUUCACCCGAUCCGUAGCUAACGACCAGCGUCUGCGGCGUGGAACUGGACUCCGGAGGCGUGAGGGCACCAUUAGCACGCACACAUUCUGCGUGUUAUUAGAUUGGCGAAUUUAA